GCCUUAACAAAACCAGCUGGAGGCUCUGUACUUUCCCAGUUUUCCUCCUGCAGCCCAGACACUCACAGUCCCCUACCAAACCGGAGGUCCCCAGAGAGGUGAGGAAAGAAGACGUGUGGCGCGACACAGCUUCAGCACUUCGUGGAGAACAGGUAAAACAUCUCCUCUCAGCCAGACUCCCUGUCAUUCUGAAUAUAGAAAAGAGCAGAGACACCUCUUUGAACGUUACAACAUCAGAGACAUCUCAAAUCUGCCAAGAAAAUCAUUUGACUCCUGGGGACACCUCUGAUUCUCCCAUGGACAAAAUGAGUACAGGUGUGGUGCGACAGAGGCUUCUGCACAUUCAGGCAUGGGACGAGGAUGACAUUCUUCUGUGUGAUGAUGUGGAGCAAGACGAUACGGAUCUGUCACCUGAAGAAAGAAUGUUUUUGCAAACGUUUCCCAUCAUUAAAAGGAAGCUGGAAGAGGCCAUCAGAAAGGCCCAUGCCCUUGCAGACGAAAUCGAGAAGACCCAGGAAACAUUCACCAAGACCAAGGUGGUGACCAGCUCCGUCGCUGUCGCCUCAAGUGUGAUGUCCACCCUGGGUUUACUCCUCGCUCCACUGACAGCAAGAGGAAGCCUGAUACUUUCUGCUGCUGGUAUAGGAUUGGAGACAGUAUCCAAUGCUGCCAGCAUAGUGACCAACAUCACGGAAAAAGAUCACAAUAAAAGAUUCCAAGCUCAGGUCAGCGGCCAAGUGUCCACCCGUGACCAAGAGGUCAGCCAGGCUGUAGACCCGGCAUCCUAUGAUCAGCAUGCCAAUAAAUUAGAAAAGAACUUCAAGGAUAUCAUGAAGAACAUAGAUGCCUUGAUGAUAGCCAACGCCCACCCACGCCUCGCCAACGCUGCCAAGUGUCGCCUGAUCUCUGAGCCAGUCUCGUCCCGCAGGGACAAACAGGUGCAAAAGGCCUUUCAGGGUACAACGUUGGCGAUGACGACAGGUACUCACUUGAUGAGUACUGUGAUGGCUGGCCGCAGGCUCGGCAUGGAGUUGCGCUCUCUCAUGGAUGACUGCGAACAACUGAAAGAGGGAGCAAAGUCAGAGUUGGCAGAAAAGCUGAGAGCCAAUGCCUUGGAGCAGGAACAAAAGCUGACAGAGCUCACCUGGCUUUAUGAGACCCUGAAGAAGAAGCAAGAAAGGCUCAGGAGCUCCUUUUCCUUGGGAGCCAUGAGGAGCUCUGCCCAAGCCCUCAGCCAGGCCUGGAGAAGCAGUAUGCUGUGCUGCAGCAUUUUCAUUGUGCUUAUCACCUCACUCUUCUGGAUUGCUGGAAU